CGACAGGUUUUCCUUCGUCUUCUACGAAAUAAUAGAAAAUUCUAAAUACGGUUUACCGAGUAUUUUAACUUAUUUAAAUAUGGACUGACGAAUAGACAGCGUUUCUUCAUUCUUGGUUUGUUUUACCUGUAACAACAAAUAUAGGUAUUUAGUGUUUAUCUCCAAGGACGGAUGUCUCGAUGACUUAGUUCGGCUGUAUUUGUGGCGUUGUGUGAGACUAUAGUUGCAUCGAUGGACUAUUAGGUUUAAUAAUGUUCUGGAUUGUGCGAUAAAAUAACAGCAUAUUUAUAAAUACAGAAAUUGCCAUUCAAGGAAUUUAUGUAAUGUAAAGCGCUGUGUACACGUUAUUCUGCAUAUUAUCUGAAAUUUUGGAAACAGAACAUACGAUUACCAAUGAUGAUUACUUGCUUUAAACAAGUCUGUAAUCAUACUAGGACAGAAAUUUAUGUGGAUUUGCUGUGAAGUCUGAAUAAAACCGCUAAUCUGAGAUUAGGAUGUACACAAUAGCUAUAGGAUUCCAUUAUUAUUUCCAUUUUGUCAUCAAUUACUGGAUAUUAGAAUUCCAUGGAAUUAUCGGAUAAUGAAUUCAAGUGUUUUGGAAAGCUAUCUGAAUAUAGGGACUACUGUGACCACAACUUCAACUUUAACAGUAUCCAAUACGAAUGCAACAAGUACGACACCAAUUAUACUAAUAAGUUCAGCUUCAACUGAGAGACCAGUUACCCUUGGGGCCGUUGGUCAAGGAGAUAAUAACGACAGCGUGAAAAUAGCUGUAGGUGUAUUAGUACCUCUCUUCAUUAUUUGCCUAAUAGCCAGUUUUAUUUUCUAUAAAUGGUACAGACGCAAAUAUCCAGUUAGAAUGAUCCUUGGAAGAGAAUUCGCUAAGUUUGAGAACCCAGAUUAUCUCAAUCGUGCUUCAACACUUUCUUUAGUUCGUGAUGAUGCAGACGAUUAUUUUUCUCGCGCCACAUCGAAAGCGACAUCUACAGUCAGUUUAGCUAAUCAUACCGCACACGAUAACCUAGCUUUCCAACACGACAAAAAUAAUUUAAACCCGUCGGACGAUGACUAUGACAUUGUAAAACGUAAAAGUUUUCUAUUUAAAAGCCUAGAAGAACACCGAGAUUGGAUGGAAACUGGGUUUGCCUCAGCCACUAGUUCACAAUCAUCUGUGUUCGAAUCUGUUCCAACAGAAAGCGACAAAGCUUCUGAAAUUUCAAACAACAAUUCAACUAGUGCCAAAGAACAAAUAAAUGUUCACCGUUCUCAAGAGGAACUGCAUAAUCUUAAAAACUCUAAUCAAAAUUUCCCCAAAGAUACCCCGAUAGAAACCAUCUUGGGCCAAGUGAAGGACAGAAGGUCCUUUACCGAUGAUCCAACGCUGGGUCGACAAAAAGACUAUGAUAGCGUUUCAUUGUCUAAAUACAGAUCCCAGUCAGCAGAUCCCAUAUCUCCAACACAAGUUUACACGGAAUUACAAGGUCAGAGGCCAGAAGAAGUUGUGAGUUUACAAUCAGACCAUUCCGUUUCUAGCGACUCCGAACCAACUGUUAACAUCAGUGAAGAACAAUUAGAAAAUAAUAGUGAUUUACCAAAGAACAUUAGAGGGGAUAGUGACGUUUCUAUAGUUAUAUCAGACGAAAUAGAUCUCGGUGUUAGUCCGUCUAUUAUCAUUGAGCAGGAGCAAAUUCAAAAUUCCAUCAGAAACAAAUCGCCAACGUCGGAAAAUGAAAAGAUAUAUGUUCUAAUGUAA